CAGGAAAGCGGAGGGAGGGUCGGUGCCUUCCGCCUGCGCGUCGGCGCUGCGAGCCGCGGUCGCCGCGCCGCGAGGGGCGGGCAGCGGCGAGAUGGGCCGGAGCCGGGCCUAGCGGCAGCGGGCGGGCGGCCGCGGCCAUGAGUGGAGCUGCGGGCUGCCAGGCGGGCGGCGGCGACCGGGGGCCCCGCUGGAGGAGGCCGUGGAAGCUCCUGGCCCUUGGCCUGCUCUCCGCCUCCUCCGUGCUGGCGGCCGCUCCGGGCGCCGGGGCCAUGAGCAAGGAGGAGAAGCGCCGUUUAGGAAACCAAGUGCUUGAAAUGUUUGACCAUGCAUAUAGCAAUUAUAUGGAGCAUGCGUAUCCAGCUGAUGAACUCAUGCCUUUAACUUGUCGUGGACGAGUACGGGGUCAGGAACCAAGUCGAGGGGAUGUGGAUGAUGCCUUGGGAAAAUUUUCACUGACCUUGAUUGAUACCUUGGACACUCUUGUGGUGUUAAAUAAAACCAAAGAGUUUGAAGAGGCUGUGAAAAAAGUAAUAAAGGAUGUUAAUUUAGAUAACGACAUAGUUGUAUCUGUCUUUGAAACCAACAUAAGAGUCCUUGGAGGUCUCCUAGGUGGACAUUCAGUGGCAAUUAUGCUGAAAGAAAAAGGUGAAUAUAUGCAGUGGUACAACGGUGAACUCCUGCACAUGGCAAAGGAACUAGGCUACAAGCUUUUACCUGCUUUUAACACCACCAGUGGUCUCCCUUAUCCAAGAGUUAACUUAAAAUUUGGCGUAAGACAUCCAGAAGCACGAACAGGAACAGAAACUGAUACCUGUACAGCUUGUGCAGGUACCUUGAUCCUUGAGUUUGCAGCUUUAAGCCGAUUCACAGGAACAUCUAUAUUUGAGGAAUAUGCCCGUAAAGCGCUUGAUUUUAUCUGGGAAAAGAGACAGCGCAGCAGCAAUUUGGUGGGCGUCACGAUUAAUAUUCAUACUGGAGACUGGGUCCGCAAAGAUAGUGGAGUUGGAGCAGGAAUAGAUUCAUAUUAUGAAUAUUUAUUAAAAGCUUAUGUCUUGCUGGGAGAUGACAGUUUCCUGGAAAGAUUUAACACGCACUAUGAUGCCAUAAUGAGAUAUAUUAGCCAACCACCUCUUCUUCUUGAUGUUCAUAUUCACAAACCAAUGCUGAAUGCUAGGACCUGGAUGGAUUCUUUGCUAGCUUUCUUCCCUGGAUUGCAGGUGUUGAAGGGUGAUAUUAGACCUGCUAUUGAAACCCACGAGAUGCUGUAUCAGGUUAUAAAAAAGCAUAACUUUCUUCCAGAGGCAUUCACAACAGACUUUAGAGUCCAUUGGGCUCAGCAUCCUUUAAGGCCUGAAUUUGCCGAAAGCACUUACUUCUUGUAUAAGGCUACUGGGGACCCUUACUAUCUAGAAGUAGGAAAAACACUCAUUGAAAACUUGAACAAGUAUGCAAGAGUACCUUGUGGGUUUGCUGCAAUGAAGGAUGUUCGUACAGGAAGUCAUGAAGACAGAAUGGACUCAUUCUUUCUUGCUGAGAUGUUUAAGUAUCUUUACCUACUGUUUGCUGAUAAGGAAGACAUGAUUUUCGACAUUGAGGAUUAUAUCUUCACUACAGAAGCUCAUUUAUUACCACUUUGGCUUUCCACUACAAAUCAAACCAUCUCAAAAAAAAAUAUAACUACAGAAUACACAGAGCUGGAUGACAGCAACUUUGACUGGACCUGUCCAAACACCCAGAUCCUUUUCCCAAAUGACCCUAUGUUUGCUCAAAGUAUUCGUGAGCCUUUGAAGAAUGUGGUGGAUAAGAGCUGUCCCAGGGGCAUUUCCAGAGUAGAAGAGAGUUUGGGAAGUGGACCAAAACCACCGCUGAGAGCCAGAGAUUUCAUGGCCAGUAAUCCCGAACACUUGGAGAUAUUGAAGAAGAUGGGAGUCAGUUUGAUUCAUCUGAAAGAUGGAAGAGUACAAUUAGUACAGCAUGCUGUGCAAGCAGCAAGUUCACUUGAUGCAGAAGACGGCCUCCGGUUCAUGCAGGAAAUGAUUGAACUCUCCAGUCAGCAACAGAAAGAGCAACAACUGCCUCCUCGUGCUGUUCAAAUUGUUUCCCAUCCCUUCUUUGGCAGGGUGGUCUUGACUGCUGGACCAGCACAAUUUGGGAUGGAUUUGUCCAAACACAAAGCAGGGACACGAGGAUUUGUUGCAACCAUUAAGCCGUAUAAUGGAUGCUCAGAGAUCACUAAUCCUGAGGCAGUGAAAGAGAAAAUUGCUCUGAUGCAGAGAGGCCAGUGUAUGUUUGCUGAAAAGGCACGAAAUAUUCAAAAGGCUGGAGCAAUAGGAGGCAUUGUUAUUGAUGACAAUGAGGGAAGCAGCAGCGACACAGCUCCUCUCUUCCAAAUGGCUGGGGAUGGGAAGAAUACAGAUGAUAUCACGAUUCCCAUGCUCUUCCUCUUCAACAAGGAAGGGAACAUUAUCCUGGAUGCGAUCCGGGAGUACGAGGCUGUGGAGGUGCUCCUCUCUGAUAAAGCAAAGGACAGAGACUUGGAAAUGGAGAAUACGGACCAGAAAUUAUCUGAAAACGAUUCACACAAACAGAACUCAGAGGAAGCUACUUCAGCAUCUCAGGAUGUUGGUGCAGUCAGUGAGGAGCCUGAGGAAGGAGAAAGCUCUGCUGUUGCUGACCCUGAUCCUGCAUCUCCUGUGACGGUGGACAGUGACAGCCACUCUGUUUCCCACCAGGAUCCUGCCGUGCCCAGCCCCGAUGAGGCUGGAGCUCCAGAGCCAGCUUGUACCCCAGGGGAUCACCAGCCUCAGGAACAAAAGACUGAGACAGUGUCAAAUUCCAAAGUUAACUGGGAUAAUAAAGUCCAACCUAUGGAAUCCAUAUUAGCAGACUGGAAUGAAGAUAUAGAAGCAUUUGAAAUGAUGGAAAAGGAUGAGCUAUGACUUGUAAUAAUAACUUAUUUGUUAGUAAACAAAUGGUGAACUCUUUGGGUAGAAGUGAGGCUCUGAGAUCUGAGAACUAGAAAACAUAUUCAGUAUUGUGAUGAGCAACCAGGUUUCGCCUGGAAAUUACCACAGAAAUCCAGCACGCACUCUGUGUAUUGUUUUAAUUUUUCCUGUUUAAAAAUGGGAACGUGCAAUUGAAGCCUUUGGCUCGACUGCAUGGUGCUGUAACCCAGGAGGCUCGUUCGGGAACGAGCCCGACUUCUGCCUUCCAGGCUUUGAGUGAUCAGGCUCCCUUGGGCUCUGGAAGGCACAAGUUGGGGUGAAGGUGCCAGGUAACGGCUGGCCAUGGGAGUCCUUGGAGCCAUGGGGUGCUUUCCCUGCUGUCUGUGGAGGUGAAAGCCUUCGCAGGUGAAAUGAUGUUUCCAGUUGUCCUGUUUGUAAGACCCAGCCAGAAGCAGUUUUUGUCCUGACAUAUCACAUUGAGAUGUGGAAGCGUGGCCCAUCACUCCUCCUGUCUCUUACCCUCGAGAGUGACAGUGAUGACUCGUGUGGUUUCCCUUCUGCUCCGCUUUCAGCCAGAGUAGGCAGGUUCCAUCAGGGAUGCCAGGACAGCCUUGGUGUCUGCCAGACAAGGGUUCACGGUGCCUUUUGAAAGUUCUGCUCGAGAUGGAGUGGACAUGGCAGAUGUUGAGUUACAGGUAUCUCCUUUGGCCGUCCAGGUUGAAAAAAGCCUCAAAUCUGCUCCAAGAUGCGGAAUUUUAACUGGCAACGUUCUCUGAUGGGACAUGGAACCCAGCUAGAUCAGCUGUAACAAAACUCUUCUUUUUUUUCUAAGAGUUUGACUUCUAACAGUUUGACUUGGUUGUCAUUCUUUUUAUAUGCAAGGCCUAUAUGUUUUAAGGCAAUGAGGCCAGUGCCAGGAGCGAAGGGCAAGGAUUUUGGCUGUUGGGUCCAUGGUUCAAAGUGUCAUGGGGCAAACUGUGAGCAUGGCUGGUGUGUUGCUCUGGGCUUUGGGAGCUGGGUGCAGGUAAGUGCAAGUCCUAAUUUUCUAUCCCUGUUAUAAAAAACGUUAUUUAAAUGAAAAUAGGGGUGUUUGACCAACUGAGAGGCAUUUUGUGUCCAAAGAAACUGCCAAAACCGAAUUAACUUGAUUCAUAUAAACUGCUUUUAGUGAAUUGUGGUUCAAGGAGUUGUUUUAUGUUUCACUGCCUAUAUGCUGCACCAGGCAAAAGGGAAGGUUUAUCUUCAGCGUUCCAAUGGGAUUUAAAACACAAAAAAAGCCCUACUCUGAAUGGCACCUUUUGAUUUUGGUGGUGGAAUGACACGUGCUGGAUGUGCAGUUGUUGGUUAGUAGAGCCAUACUGUGUGUGUCAGUGUGUACUGCUGGGCAGCGCCAGCAAAGCCAGCCCAGGCCACUGCCCAGCCCAUGAAAGCAAGAGGAUCAAAAUGCACAGGCACCUUCUGAGAGCACAACAGCCAGGCAGCAUGUGAUCCUGCAAGGGAACAGUGCCCUGAGGUGGCUGGAGCAGGAGGGCAGGCUCUCUGGAGAAGGAAGGGAAGCAGUAGUGGAAAGGGGAAUAAGUGUCCUUUUGAAAAAAUGAGCUUUGAAAUGCAGUUCUAGUUCCUUUGCACAAAUAACUAUAUGGAGGUUCAGAUUGAGCUUGGAGCAGUUGGGGAAUUCUUUUAUUUAUGUUUCUGUGGUGUGAGUUUCUCCAUGUAGAGUGUUUGAUGGUGGGAGCCUUACAAGUGUCCUUCGUUAGUGGGAGCCCCAAGGGCUGCCCUGGGAGCCAUCAGCUGCAGGGCUCAGGCCAUCGGCCAUGGGGCAAGUGUUCUCACUCUGGUAAUUCCCUGGGUCUGGCAGUGCUUAGUGCCACAACAGGAGCGUUUUUGCUCCAGUGUUCUCUGACAUGGACUGCAUCUUCAUACUCUUAGCUCUUUUGGUUGAAAUCAAGUUAUUUCUAUAGCUAUAGAGGCCCUCUGGUUGUUAUUUCAAGACAGUAUAGCAGCUAAAGAUUUUCUUUUUUUUACUUACAGAAAAUGUAGAUGUAAAAUUUUAUUAAAACAUUAACUUUCCCUGCCAUCACCAGCUUAUUUUUGUUUCACUGCUUUUCUCACAUCUAUUGCUAAAGCAGCAGACUUUGACUCUCCUUGUAAGGGAUUUGGAACGAUCCCAGAACUCCAUAUGGAUUCGAAGCGUGGCUUUGGUGAUGGCCUACCUCAGACAAUAACCUUCCUUUUAGGUUGGUUUAUUUUGUUUCAGUUUGCUCUACUUUACCUUUAAAACCAUAAUGAGAGCCAUGGCUUUGUUUACAGAACUGAACAGGUUAUGGUUGACCUUUUGGGAAAGGACUAAAUUUGGGGCAGUUUUAUUCAGGUUAUUUUCACUUUGUAUUUCUUCCUAAGGAAACAGGCUUUAGUUUUAACCUUUUCAUGUCAUUCUGGAAAUAAGAUGAUAGUGACAAAACUGAAUUAAAAAGCAAAAAGAAUGUAUCCAUCAAACAAAAGCUUUUGCAGAGGGGAGUAAAUGUUCUUCCCAAAUUUUUAGAGGUCUGUUCCCUCAGUGUGAAAUGUCGCUCGUGUCAUUACUCUGUAAUCGCCUCUUUCUCUGUAUGGUCCUUUACUCGCCUGCUAUCAAACACUGAAGGAUUCAGGAGUCGCAGCACUUAUUCCAUGCCAUGUAAUUCAGAUCAGCCAAUUAAUUUGUUAUUUGAUCUUAGAGGAAUCUUAUUAAUUGUUUACAUUUCUUGUUUCUUAACGUUAAGUUUCAAAGCGAGCCCAGCUUUGGUCGUCCUCCUCCUGCCAGAGUCCCUGAAGGCAUAGUGGUAGGCGUGAAUGAGUCUGAGAGGCUAAAAACGGGACAUCUUAUGCAAAAGGCAUCAAUCAGAACAUAGAAAACACAACCAACCAUUCUGUGAAUGAAAUCUUGUAUGUUCAGAUUUUAUAGGAGUAUUUUUUUUUUUAGACAGCCCACUUUACAGCCAGCUCUUCUCCUCUGAAAGGUGUGUGACCACGGGUGCUGUACCACCGUCGCUGGGUUGGCCUGUCUGCUGGCAAGUGUACACAAUAUUUCUAAGGGCAACUAUGUACUGUGAUGUAAAAGUCUGGGCUAAAUGUACAUAAUCCGUGUACAUAGUUGUGUACUUGAUUAUAAUUGCUGAUUGUAAAGAUUUAAUAAAGUGUAAAUAUUCUGGU